AAGCUAUUCUUCUCAGAAGACAAAUGCCAAGUCCGUUGAAUUUUGUGCAUAAAAAUAGUAUCUGUGUGAAAGAGAAAACUCGUUUACUUCUCUGAUAAUCUUUUUUUACCUCAGUUUCGUGUUUGAUGUGAGUUUUGCUCAGUUUCAUCUCUGGGUAUUUUGUUUUCUUCAAACGUUAUCAGAUUUUCUUUAUUUUCUUGAAAAAAGUCUUGAGCUUUCUGGUGGCUUCUCGGGAAAGAAAGGGGCUAAAAGCUGUGCCGACGGAAAGCUGCUUUUAUUUUGUUUUGGCAGGCAGAUCGGUGGGUUUGGAAAUUUUGCUGGUAAACCAUCUGGAGGGUUUUAGUUGCUGGGUUUUGUGUAAUCUGAAUUCUUGUGAAGCUCUGAUAAUGGUUGGUUCAUGGGUAGUAAUACAAGACUGAACGUUGGUGGAGAAGUUAAUAGGAGUAGCCCUGCUGGGAUGCCAAGCUUCAUUUCUCAGACACCACUUUCCAAUCCUAUGGGUACAGAAGGGAAUACUGCACAUACUUCUCAAGUGUCUGAUUUUGGGGUGCUCGAGCAAUACCUUGGAUUCCGCAUUGGAGAUGGUGCUAAUGUCAAUCAAAGUAACUUUUUUAAUUCUAUGCCUGCAAGUAACCCAUCACUUGUUGCCGGUGGAUCUGGAAUACUCAACAAGGCUAUUCCUUCUUCAAAUGCAAGUUUGUCUGCUGCUUCUCCUGGAUCCCUGGCGUUGCAGUUGCAGAAAGGACCACAGACAAAUCAAGUUCCCCUUUCUGGUGCAAAUCACGAGAUUUGGGCAGAGAGAAACAUGGCAGAUUCUAGCUCCCGGACUGAUACUUCAUCUGAUAUGGAUGGAGAUGAUAGAAAUCAACAGUUUGAAAUGGGUCAAUCCAUUGCUGCUGUAGCUUCCGAUUCCAGUGAUAGAUCAAAAGAAAAAAAAUCGGAUCAAAAGACAUUAAGAAGGCUUGCACAGAACCGUGAAGCUGCAAGAAAAAGCCGAUUGAGAAAGAAAGCCUAUGUUCAACAGCUGGAGAAUAGUAGGCUGAAGCUAACACAGUUAGAGCAAGAGCUUCAGCGAGCACGACAACAGGGCGUAUAUAUUUCAAGCAUGGGAGAUCAUUCCCAUGGAACAGGCACUAAUGGAGCUUUGACUUUCAAUGUAGAAUAUGCACGAUGGUUGGAAGAGCAAAACAAGCGUGUUAAUGAAUUAAGGGCAGCGGUCAAUGCGCAUGCAAGUGAUACUGAGCUGCGGACUAUUGUGGACAAUGUCACAGCACAUUUCGACGAAGUUUUCAAGCUGAAAGGAAAUGCAGCCAAAUCCGAUGUAUUCCAUGUAUUGUCAGGAAUGUGGAAAUCCCCUUCAGAGCGGUGUUUUAUGUGGAUUGGUGGCUUUCGUCCAUCUGAACUUCUUAAGCUUCUCGCGAAUCAAUUGGAGCCUCUAACAGAGCAGCAGAUGGCAGGCUUAUACAAAUUGCAGCAGUCAUCACAUCAGGCAGAAGAUGCUAUUUCACAAGGAAUGGAGGCGUUGCAGCAAUCACUAGCCGAAACGUUAGCUAAUGGCUCUACUGUUCCCGAUGGGUCGUCUGGAAAUGUAGCUAAUUACAUGGGUCAAAUGGCAAUGGCCAUGGGAAAACUAGGUACUCUUGAAGGUUUCCUCCGCCAGGCGGACAACUUGCGGCAACAGACAUUGCAGCAAAUGCACCGUGUAUUAACUACCAGACAGUCGGCCCGCGCUCUUCUUGUCAUAAACGAAUACUUCUCCCGUCUUCGUGCUCUCAGUUCUCUUUGGCUUGCAAGGCCACAAGAAUAAUUGGCUCCAGAACUUCAUGUGGGGAUGCAAACUAAUCAACAAAAUGCAGGAAAAUUGCUUUGAGAUCAGAAAAGUUUGAUACUUUCUGGGGCAGUUUCAGUGAGUCGCAAAUGUUGGAACCGUAAAAGGAGAAUGCAACUGUGCAAGGGUAUAUCUUUUGUGAUAUGUGUUCAGACAGGUAGAAAUUUAAGAUUUGUACCAUAGGUAAUAUUGUAAGAAUAGUGGUCGAUAAUCCGAAGAUGUUGUUGUGUAAUGUUAGUACUGGUGGGAGCAGUAGUUGGGAUAGCUGCAAUCUGCAGAUAAAUGUAGAGACAACAGACUUAACAGAGUUUUUCUGAUUUUAAUAUGAAAGGAAGUUUAAGUCUUUCUUUGGGUUCAAAA